AGAGAUCGACGGCCCAAAGCCAAUCAUCUGUUUCGCCUACACUGAAAACCCUGAAAUCUCCUCCUCCCGCAACGCAAAAACCCUAUCACAUAUAUAAACACAACCGAAGUCGCUCGCCCCCCAGCCUCGGCUAUCUGCUUGCAUUCCGCCAGUUUCUCUCUCUAGGUUUAUCAUUCAGUUGGUUUAUCUCUCUAUUUUCGCCGCCGAGGAUGUCUGACGAGGAGCAUCACUUCGAGUCGAAGGCCGACGCCGGGGCUUCCAAAACUUAUCCGCAGCAGGCGGGGACUAUCCGUAAGAACGGUUACAUUGUUAUCAAAGGUCGCCCUUGCAAGGUUGUUGAAGUUUCAACCUCCAAAACUGGAAAGCACGGUCAUGCCAAAUGUCAUUUUGUGGGCAUUGACAUCUUCACUUCAAAGAAGCUUGAAGAUAUUGUCCCCUCUUCCCACAAUUGUGAUGUUCCACAUGUUACUCGCACUGACUACCAGCUCAUUGACAUAUCUGAGGAUGGAUUUGUGAGCCUGCUGACAGAGAAUGGAAACACUAAAGAUGACCUCAGGCUUCCAACUGAUGAGAAUCUGCUUUCUCAGAUCAAGGAUGGGUUCGGUGAGGGGAAAGACCUUGUUGUGAGUGUUAUGUCUGCCAUGGGAGAGGAGCAGAUCUGUGCCCUCAAGGAUAUUGGUCCCAAGUAGCUGGCUUUGGUUGGUGGGAUUGUGCAAUGGUUUUAACUUUAAAUGAGAUAGACAUGAUAAUUAUAGAAUAGUGGAGAUGAUGGGAGGACUUUGGGUCAUCUUAUUCAGAUUUGUUGGCUGAAUCAUUGAUGGCUUACGUCCUCGACUAUUAAGAGACUGCUUUAUUAGGAUCAUGUGGGUCUCGGUUAUGCUCUACUUCUUUUCACAGUUUUCUAAUUUUUUUCCCAAGAGCCGUUCGAAUCUCAUGUUUUUUUAUUAAGGUGUGGGUGUUGAAUUUUAUGUUGCGGGCAAGUUAUGUUGAUAACUUUUACAGUCCGGAAGCAUUUCUGUUUUUAGUGAUCUUGUUAUUAUUCUGUCGGUUUUA